GUGGGCGGGAGGCGGCGUGCGUGCCUGACGCGGCUGCCGGGAGAGGCCCCCGGGCGACCGGACGCAGCGCUUCGCUCCCCGGCCGCGGACGGCUGAGCGGAACUUUGGCCGAGGCCUGGGAACCAACGUUAAGUAAGCCAAACGUGCACCUCGACCUCCAGCGUCCUUCUGAUGACCGCGGAGGCCCACGCCGCCGCUCUCAAGACGUACUGUCUUCAGCCUCAACAUGUGCAUAAGAAGACUCUUACAGUCCUCCCACCUCCAGUGGGCCCGGCGAGCAACCUUCCUGAAACAUGCCUGGCACGGGCACCGGGGAGCCCUCCGAAGCACCCAUUCCGGAGGCAGCGCCUACAAAGCAGUGAUUUUUGACAUGGGUGGGGUUCUCAUUCCUUCUCCAGGGACAGUGGCAGCAGAAUGGGAGGUUCAGAACCGUGUGCCUUCUGGAACAAUAGUGAAGGCCUUGAUCAGGGGCGGAGACAACGGGCCCUGGAUGAGAUUCAUGAGAGGAGAGACAACCACAGAGGAUUUCUUACAAGAAUUUGAAAGACACUGCUCUGAAAUGGCAGAAGCCCCCGUGCGUGCGGCGUCGUUUUUCUCUCUGCUGACCAGUGACCGAGUGGCCAGGCAGUUCCCAGUGAUGACCGAGGCCAUUGCUCAGAUUCGGGCGAGAGGCCUCCAGACCGCAGUCCUGAGCAACAAUUUUUAUCUUCCCGAUGGGACAAGCUUUUUGCCCCUGGACCGGAAUCAGUUUGAUGUGGUUGUGGAAUCCUGCCUGGAGGGCAUGUGCAAGCCAGACCCUAGGAUAUAUCAGCUGUGUUUGCAGCGGCUCGGCCGGCAGCCCUCCGAGUCCAUCUUCCUUGAUGACCUUGGUCAAAACCUCAAAACAGCUGCCAGCCUUGGCAUCCAUACAAUGAAGGUCCGUGACCCAGAGAGUGCAGUGCAGGAGCUAGAGGCGCUGCUGGGUUUCCCACUGCGUUCGAGUGUACCCAACACACGGCCCGUGAGGAAGACGAUGGAGAUUGCCAGAGGCUCCCUGGAGAAGUACAUCAAGGACUUACUGGGGACGCAGGGCACAGGCCCCCUGGAACUUCUCCAGUUUGACCACGGACAGUCAAAUCCCACUUACUACAUCCGGCUGCAUGGGCAUCAGCUGGUCCUGAGGAAGAAACCCCCAGGGACACUCCUGCCAUCUGCCCAUGCAGUUGAGAGAGAGUUCAGGGUGAUGAAAGCUCUCGCGAGUGCUGGUGUGCCUGUGCCCAAGGUUCUUGACCUCUGUGAGGAUUCAAGUGUCCUCGGGACCCCCUUCUACCUGAUGGAGUACUGCCCCGGGCGUGUCUACAAAGACCCCUCUCUGCCAGGCCUGGAGCCCAGCCAGCGGAGAGCCAUCUACACCGCCAUGAACAGAGUCCUCUGCCAGAUACACAGCGUGGACCCCGAGGCUGUUGGCCUGCAAGACUAUGGGAAGCAGGGGGACUACGUCGCCCGGCAGGUGCAAACCUGGACGAGGCAGUACCGUGCCUCCGAGACCAGCACCAUCCCAGCCAUGGAGAGGCUCAUUGAGUGGCUGCCGUUACACCUGCCCCACCAGCAGAGGACCACAGUGGUGCAUGGGGACUUCAGACUCGACAACCUGCUCUUCCAUCCAGAAAAGACUGAAGUGCUUGCUGUGCUGGACUGGGAGCUCUCCACCUUGGGCGACCCCCUGGCCGAUGUGGCCUACAGCUGCAUGGCACACUACCUGCCCUCCAGUUUCCCUCUGCUGCGAGGUUUCAGUGACCUUGACCUGGCUCAGCUGGGGAUCCCUGCCACAGAGGAGUACUUCCGGAUGUACUGUCGCCACAUGGGCUUCCCUGUCGUCGAGAACUGGAACUUCUAUCUGGCCUAUUCCUUCUUCCGUGUGGCCGCCAUCCUGCAGGGGGUCUACAAGCGGGCGCUCACAGGGCAAGCCAGCUCGGCAAUGGCUGAGGAAAGCGGCAAGCUGACAGAAUUUAUGGCUAACCUGGCGUGGGAUUUCGCAGUGAAAGAAGGAUUCCGGGUGUUCAAAGAGACGCCAGCCACGAGACCGCUAGCAAGGUCCUACCACACUGGGACUGGCCUACCGCCCCUGCCGAGCAGCACAGGUGCCAGGAGGUACAGUUCUGCCCCAGGAGCCAGCUCAGCCCACACCCCUCAGGGGGCUCUCAUCUUCUCCCCGGAGGGCCUCGCCCCGCCAGUCCGAGAGCUGUACGGGCGGCUGAAGCGCUUCAUGCAGCAGCACGUGUACCCUGCGGAGCCUGAGCUGCAGAGACACCAAGCCUCGGCUGACAGGUGGAGCCCGCACCCGAUGGUGGAAGAGCUCAAGGAGAAAGCCAAGGCCGAAGGACUCUGGAACCUCUUCCUCCCCUUGGAGACGGAUCCCGAGAAAAAGUAUGGAGCGGGGCUGACCAACGUGGAGUACGCGCAUCUGUGUGAGCUCAUGGGCACGUCUCUGCCGGCGCCUGAGAUAUUCAACUGCUCAGCCCCAGACACGGGCAACAUGGAGCUGCUAGUGCGCUAUGGCACGGAGGAGCAGAAGGCCCGCUGGCUGCGUCCCCUGCUGGAGGGCAAGGCACGCUCUUGCUUCGCCAUGACUGAGCCUCAGGUCGCCUCGUCAGAUGCCACCAACAUAGAGGCUUCCAUCAGGGAGGAGGGUGACUUCUACGUCAUCAACGGCCACAAGUGGUGGAUCACAGGCAUCCUGGAUCCACGAUGCCAGCUCUGCGUGUUCAUGGGGAAAACGGACCCGCAUGCCCCGCGCCACCAGCAGCAGUCUGUGCUCUUGGUGCCCAUGGACACGCCAGGGGUGAAAGUCGUCCGGCCUCUGACGGUGUACGGGCUGGAGGACGCGCCAGGUGGCCACGGUGAAGUCCGGUUUGAACACGUGCGUGUGCCCAAGGAGAACAUGGUCCUGGGCCCCGGCCGCGGCUUUGAGGUCGCCCAGGGCCGGCUGGGGCCAGGGCGUAUCCAUCACUGCAUGAGGCUCAUCGGGUUCUCUGAGAGGGCACUGGCGCUCAUGAAGGCCCGCGUGAAGUCCCGCGUGGCCUUCGGGAAGCCCCUGGUGGAGCAGGGCACGAUCCUGGCAGACAUUGCCCAGUCCCGUGUGGAGAUUGAGCAGGCACGGCUGCUGGUGCUGAAGGCCGCCCACGUCAUGGAUGUGGCAGGAAAUAAGGCUGCAGCUUUAGAUAUUGCCAUGAUUAAGCUGGUCGCUCCGUCCAUGGCCUACCGUGUGAUCGACCGUGCUAUCCAGGCCUUCGGAGCAGCUGGCCUGAGCAACGACUACCCACUGGCUCAGUUCUUCUCCUGGGCCCGGGCUCUGCGCUUUGCCGACGGCCCGGACGAGGUGCACCGGGCGACAGUGGCCAAGAUAGAGCUGAGAGACCGCGCUUAGACCCACAGGCAGGACCAGCUCUGCCUGCGGCUGUGAGUGAUGGCCCGGGAGGCCUGGCUAUGUGGCUGCAGCUCUGCCAGGGACAGAAGGUACUUUGUGUUCCAAGAAAGAGGAAGGGAGGCAGCCACAGCACUCCUGAAGCCCCCUGCUUCCUGACGCCUCCCUGCUGAUUAUCUUUGUCUACAACACAAAGCACAGAUUAAAAUGUUGCUUUGGAAAAGGAGAUGCAGUAGUUACCACUGAAGAAGGACAUGGCAGAGACUUUCUGAGCUUGUGUGCUGCCUGAGGGCAGUGAGAAUAAAGGUCCCACCAGCCCC